AUCCCCUCACUUUCAGUCUGUAUGUGUCCCUAGGUCCGAAGUGGGUCUCUUGUAGACAGCAUAUAUAUGGGUCUUGUUUUUGUAUCCAUUCAGCAAGCCUGUGUCUUUUGGUUGGAGCAUUUAAUCCAUUCACGUCUAAGGGAAAAGUCCCACUCGUGGUUGAGCACAGGCUGGUUCACCAUGGUGAUUGCGGUGGAGUUGUGUGACCAUGUGCACGUCUAUGGCAUGGUCCCCCCCGACUACUGCAGCCAGCGGCCCCGCCUGCAGCGCAUGCCCUACCACUACUAUGAGCCCAAGGGGCCGGACGAGUGUGUCACCUACAUCCAGAAUGAGCACAGCCGCAAGGGCAACCACCACCGCUUCAUCACGGAAAAGAGGGUCUUCUCGUCCUGGGCCCAGCUGUACGGAAUCACCUUCUCCCACCCCUCCUGGACCUAGGCCACCCUGCCUGUGGGACUCUCACAAGGGACACAGGAGAAGUGGGUCUCCGCCCAGCCGCUCGACCAAGGGCCAUCGUCUGGCUAAUCAAGGCUGGUCAGAGUGUCUUCUGGCCAUUCAGGCCUUGAAGAGGAUAAAAUCUCCAGCCAUUCAGGGCCUG